AUGGAUUACCCGCACGGUCGUCACCCCCACCACGGCGGCGUCCACCGGAGGGACGAAGAUGAAGAAGAACGGCGAUACGGGUACCCUCCGCCUGCACGUCCCCACUCUCCGCCCUUCUACGGCGGGGACGCUCCCCCGCCGCCCCAAGUCAACCACACCUCCCACAUGGGCCCGCCGCCGCCACAGCCCCACCUGCCGCCCUUCUACGUCGGUGGCGCUCCCCCGCCGUCGCCGCCGGCGUACCACACAUCCCACAUGGGCCCGCCGGGACCGGCCGCAUACCACCCUCCUCCGCCUCCCACCGUCGCGAAUCUCCACCCGCCGCCGCCUCCCACCGUCACCAAUUUCCACCCGAAUCCGGGCCUCUCCCCCCCGGGCCACCCCCACUCCCCGCCGUCCGCCGACCACCACCACCACCACCACAAGGAGGACGAGCUCAGCAACAAACCCCCCGUCAAGAUGUACUGCAAGGCGGAUCCAGGCUACGCCCUCACCAUUCGCGACGGAAAAGUCGUCCUUGCCCCCGCCGACCCAUCUGAUCUUCGCCAGAGCUGGGUAAAAGAUGAGAGAUUGAGCACGAGGGUGAAGGACGAAGAAGGUUUCCCAAGCUUUGCUCUGGUCAACAAAGCCACUCGGCAGGCCAUCAAACACUCCUUUGGAGCCACUCAUCCUGUCCAGUUGAGUGAGUACAAUCCCAGUGGAUUUGAUGAAUCAAUUCUGUGGACCGAAAGCAAGGACUUGGGAGACGGUUACCGAGCAAUAAGGAUGGUCAACAACAUUCGCCUUAACAUUGAUGCUUUCAAUGGGGACAAAAAUCAUGGAGGCGUUCGUGAUGGCACUAAAAUCGUCCUUUGGGAGUGGAAAAAGGGUGAUAAUCAACGCUGGAAGAUUGUUCCAUACUUCACCUGCACUUUGGUGCUGAGUUAG